ACCGCUUCGGUUCGCCCUUAGCUUUUCUCAGCUUUUUAGUUACAGCAAAUAUCGGCGGGAAAAGAUGUUGGUUUUGGGGGUAGCGUUGACACACGUUUUAUUUUUGUACUUUCAAACUGUCGUCGGAAUUUGGAGAUACAAGCAGAUUUUGGAGGAUAAAGAGUUAUUCAUGGUAGACAGUACUAUUUUUUUAGAGUACGAAGGGUCCUCUUUUUUGGAGUGGCAAUAUCCUGAUGAUUGUGAUGUGAACAAUAAGAGGUCACCUCAUGCUGUUAUGUGGUGUAAGUCCCCUGGAUAUCAAGCUGUGAAACCUCUUGUUUCUGAUGUGUCUACAGAAAAAGAAGAAGAGCGACACCUUUAUAUAAGUGACUCAUUUUUCAGGCUUGCGUGGUAUGCCGUUAUGCCUUUGCUCGGAACUUCCCCUGAUAGUGACCCCCAGACUGUCAGAAUAUGGAUCAUUGAUCCGGACCAAGCAGAUGAUGCUGAAAUCAAAAACACAGCAAUGUUUCCCUCUGUAUAUUUCAGAUAUCUCACUAAGUGUUUAUUUAUCAGUGGAGAGGUUGCAGCCAUCGAGUCUUCAUUCCCUCAGACAAGCCAGGGUUAUUUUACAAAUCAGGGGUUUUGGGAGGCUCAUGUUCUUGGUGACCAUGAAUAUCAUCAUUUUCACGUGAUCAGUCAGUCUGUAUCUUUUCAUGGAAAAUCUGUUGCUUCCAGCCAACAUGUCUUCUACAGGGCUUCCCCAGAGAAACCACAUGACGACGAAAAGGUGUCCUUACGCCUGUCGACUGGUAGUCAAAUGUCGAUAACGUGGGAUGCAUGUACCCCUCACCGAGCCAUGCUCCUGUCUGACAAAGGAACAUUCAUAACCAAGAAUGCUUUCCUCACUUACGAGGAGAUAAAGGUUGAUCCUGGAGAUUUGCCAAUGCCGGCUGAGGGUUAUUAUGUUGUUUUCGACGCGGUCUUGUUGGAGAAUGGCUCUAUUUUCCGCAUAGAAGAUGCUCUUUUCUGGAGAGACAACGAGGAAGGAAUUUUGAGGAGGAAUCCUAUUAAACUGCUAGGUGAAGGGGUUAAAGGCCUAAGUUUUAGGACUCAAUGUGCAGAGGACUACCCCUUGUUAGGGGUUGAACUUUCCACAGUUCUUGCAUGGACAGACCAUGAGCUUUAUAAAGGUGGGAAAGCUCUGGAUUGGAAGACUAGCAGCAACUACAUGUCAAACGUUUUGAGUCUUCCCAAAACGACCACUAUCCUAACUGCUGCAUUUGGAUCCCAUCCAGCAUCUUUGGGUGUACUGGUGAUGUACACAGACUCUGGGCGACUCUCCCUGCUCACAUGCUACGAGACUGAAGGCAUCUGGAAAACCAGAACUUUAUUGAGUACAAAUGUUCUCCAAGGGCCAUUUGACAUGCUCUUUGUCAGCGCGGCCUUGGAAACUCUGCUGGUGUGGAACAGAGACACCAUGCUUUAUAGUUUUCACAAUGACAGUGAAUGGCGUUAUUUGCAAAUAAUGGAUUCCUCCAACAUAAGCCAAGAAGCAAAUGGUAGCCACAUUCACCACGUGGUCAUGGACCAGUCACAGAACAUGUUGGUAAAGAUGGAGAACAACAUGCUGUUCUUCUGUAAAUUCGGCAUGAAUAAACUGUUUCGGCUGCCCACCUGGAAUGACCCUGGACACUCUGUAGGGCUCUACCUAAACCAGAAGGAUCAGAUCAUUAUGUUGACAAUGUUAGAUGGGGGUUUGAGUGUACAGAAGUACCCUUUGCUGAUGGAGAUCAGAAGUGCCAUGCGAGGGGAGGUCCACAGCUGUCCCUUUAUUAGCUUCACACACAACAUGAACAGGCCUGUUUACUACAUCGACGAAGAACAGGCCGUUGAGUUUUGGGCCCAGAUAGUCUACCAUAAAGGUAAAAACAUUAGUGUGAUGCUAAGCAGGAACAAAGACCAUGUGUUACAGAUCACAGAAAGGACUCAUUUUGAGAGUGUGCGCAAUCUGGAUACAACAAACAAGACCGCAGAGAAUUCCAUUCCUGCUCAAUGGUUUUCCCUGUUGAUCUUUUACAGACUUGUACUUAGAAAUUCAUCAAAGGAUCUGACCGUGUUCUAUGACUGGAAGAGCUUUGGCUGUUUAUUAAGAAUCCACUACAAAGAUGAAUUUCGGCCAGACAUUGAGCUGUAUGAUGGAGAGACAUUCGUGCGGAGUGUUGAUGCCAACUUCAUAGUGUGGGAGAAUUUUAAUCGAAUCGAUUAUUACUUUAAUGCGACCAUGUAUCAGGUAGCCUGCCUUCGUGAGGCCCAAACAUGGAAAUCUAUGCUAGUUGAUGAGAAGCGUCCCGAAGAGGCCUGGGGACCUCAUAAUUAUAUGAGCUGUUUUGUUGACGCCUCUGAAAAACUAGGAAACCUUGACCAACCCUAUGAAAUCAUGAAUAGUAGUUCCAUGAAUUAUCUUACCUUUUCUGGAGAACGCAGUGCUAUUUAUGUUUUCAAUGUAAAGAUUGUGGACCCAAAUUACAGCUUCUGUGAUCUUCGUGCUGUAUUUUCAGUUCAGACGUACGGAAUCCCAGAGCUUGAUAAGCUCUUGCCCCUCUAUAUGCUGUUGUUUCAAUCCUUCAUUACACUCAUCUUACUGUGCUUCAGCUUCUAUAGAUAUACCUCCAUCUAUCGAGACAUGCUUCAGAAGAAAUGUGUGUGAAUGACUAGUUAGUCAUCAGAUUGUGUGUAAUGUGCAUAUGUGUGUGCCUUGUUCGUUAUUCCUUGAUUGUUCUGUUGUAAUGAUAUUUAACCAUUCAGUUCAGUGGGACAAUAUACAUACAAAUGAAUUUAUGAAUGAUACGCACAUCUUAUGUUUCAUAAAUAACGUCCGUU